ACAUGUUGUAUACAGAUGUAUUUCUCAUCCCAAACAGGGCCCCUUGAUGUUUCACCGCUAGGCGGCGUCCUAACCUUUGGGAUUUCCCUCAGUCUUCAACACGUGGUUUCAAGAAGAAAACAGUGUUUUGGUAAGAGCUUCAAUAUGGGUGACACUGUUAUAUCAAAGAAAUCAAAGAAGAAAAGGAAAAAUUCAGACCUUGACAUUGAAGUGGCACAUCAUGACCCAAAGAAUACUGCUGAAAAAACAAGAAAGAAAAAGAAGAAGGAAUUAAGUGACAGUGGUAUUGCUCUUGAAACAGAACACGAUAGUGGCAACACAAAGGAAACACUUAAGAAAAAGUGUAAGAAGAAAAGAAAACACGAACCAGAGUUGGACGACAAGGAGGGCAGUGACAGUGUAUCAAGCGGUGAAAUCAAAGCAAAAAAGAGGAAAAGUAAAAAGAGUAAAAGAAAGGAAGUCCAUGAAAGUGAAGACAGUGAUCAGCUUGAAUUAGCAGUCCCACCAAAGAAGAAAAAGAAAAGGAAAAAACAAAGAGAAAAAGAUGUUGUCACAGAGAGACAAGCUGAAAUUACACAUUUGUCCAAAGAAAAAUGUGAAAAAAGAGACAAAAGUGUGAAAGGUGACCAUUUGGAAAGUGAUGAAGGAACAGUGAAUGAAGAAAAUACAAGUAAGAAGAAAAAGAAGAAAAAAAAGCAGAAGCAAGAGGAUAAUGAGGAAACACCUGUAGAAGAUUCUAAAUGUGAAGAUAUUCACGCUAAGAAGAAAAAGAAGAAAAAGAAACACAACCAAGAUGCACUGGAGGAAAACAAUGAUCAUCACGACAGUAUUGAGAAGAUUUCAAACAAGAAAAACAGAAAACAACACAAUAGUUUACCAACUGAUCAUACUAGUAAGGAGAAACCAAAUUCAUACAACAGUCAGCCUUUUGACUAUGGCAGUGAGGACAAGUCGGGGGGUGAUAUCUCCAACAACACUUCAGGCCCAUACCUUGGGCAGUGGGGUACAGCAUCGCUUGGUAACAACGAAAGACAACAAAAGUUCGCUCGACUACUGGGGGGCUUUAAGAAAGGUGGAAAUCUUGGACAGAACAAGCCAGGAUUAUUUGGGAAGUUAGGGACCAAAAGUAGUUCUUCGAAUUCUGCUUUAAAUCGUGCAGAAGAAGAUAUACUAAACAAGAACCUUGAAAGUGACUUUGAGAAAGCACUGGCUUUUAGGCUUUCUAAAGAGAAAUCUUCUGGGCUUGGUUUUGCUCCGCCUCCUGAGGAAGGCAAGAAGUUUUAUAUAGACAAGACAAGCUCUAAGUCAAUUAAAUUUGAUGAUUCUGAUUAAUUGUAAUUAAUUAAUAAAUUAACAUCUUCUGUAA